CUCAUGAACCACUGCAGGUGCCGUUCAGCUACUGUCAACCUCCAAAGACUUCAUCUCACGACCAUCAACCCGCACGGCGCCCUCUCAGAUGUGCGUUUUACGCCUUUCCCGUUCUCAAUAGCCGGGAAUAUCAUUAUCUCGCCACUUACAAUCGCCAUAUUUUCCAAGUGCUUCAAUUUCGAAUAUCUCACUGUCUGUUCCCGAAAGGGGUGGCGCAGCGUAGCGCCAAUGGCGCGCCGACCUCCUUCACCGCGAUCCCAACCGACCGACGAAGAAAAAACGUUGCGAAGGACUUCAACCCGGACCUCAAACCCGAAUGUUUUCAGUGACGAAUAUGCCCUUAACCCUUUUGAAUCCUUGGGCGACCUCAGCCCAACCAGCUCAAUCGAUAGCCGAGCGGAACAUCUCACAACGGAGCGUGGUGAGAUAGAGUACACACCUCCAGGACUACCAGGAAUUGGUCUCAGUUUCUCCUCCAGCACAGCCGGUCGAUCCGACCAUCUCGCCGGUACAUCUCGAACCUUGUCACUCUCCUCCCACUCAACGCUCGAUAGUCAGAUAACACCCAGCACCUCCUCCCGAUUUUCAAUGCCUCGAGCACAGAGUCCUUAUCGUGGCCCAACCGCACCGAGCCAACCAUAUGGCCUCUAUCCACAAGUUACGCGUGCCUCCAGCAUUGCCAGCGAAUCAACCAUCCGGCCUGUAGAACGACCGUUCGUUCCACAAGGUGGCCCUGAACAUCCUUAUUCAAUGUAUCCCCAGAACACUGUUCCUGAAGAAGAUGAUGAUCCAGAACCACAUAUAACUUUGGGCUUUCCAGGGCUUGCUCAAGUAUACCAGUCCGGAAACACUUCACCUGAAAAUGACUUGGGCGACAUUGUGGGAAGUGAUGGUCAUGUCGAGCAACUACCUCCGUACAGUCGGUAUGCAGACAAUGUGAUCGCAAAGGGGGACAUGGCGACGAUCGAACCGCAUGCUACCAAUAUCAGCGACGCAAACACACUACGGCCUUCUGUUCGACCCGUCGAAUCCGGCUCAGACGUGGAACUGACCGCCGUGAAUUCCGAACCUUCAACGGCAGAAGUUGCCAGAAAGGAAGGCUUGACUGGGGACAAGAAAAGAAAGACGUAUUGUGGAUUGCCUCUCUGGACGCUGGUUACUCUGGUUGUGGUUGUUGUAUUGGCAGCCGUGUUAGGUGGAGUUAUUGGUGGAAUUGUUGGCAACAAAAAAGGAGCAGACCGGGCUGCCGCUUCAUCUGCUACAACCACUGUCUGGCUCGAUGCCGAUCCUGCUGAAACCGGUCCUUCGACGCCUCCUUGCCCUACAGGCCACUUUCAAAUCCCUCUGAAUCAGACGCAGGAAAUCAACUCGUGUGUUGUCGACAGUGCCUACUCUUCGGUUUGGAGCUGUUUUGAUUUUGCCAGACUCGGCCUGAAUGUCUUUGAAAGCGCUCAAGGACGUCCACCUUUGUCAGUCGUGUUUGACGACUACUCUGUGAGGCCCCAACUUUUCAAAUAUGGGCCACAGCCCCCAGACUUCAAUGGCACGGCUUUUACCCUCUCCCCUUUCAAAGACAAGGAUGACGACCAACUUGGCGUCGCUCUCUUUUUCAGCGUGCUAUUUGAUAAGCUCAAUAUUUUGCCUGGCGAUGCCCUCACUCCUCCGACCAACGGAAAACGAAGCGUGGCUGCCGAAGAGCUUGUAGAAAGAGGCGCUAGCAAGACCCCUGACUACCUCAAUGUUGGAGAUCAACCAUGGUAUUGCUUCUGGAACUCCACCAUUAGCGAAUUCUGGGUCUUCUUGGGCCAAGACAUGAACAACUCAUCCAUGGCAACCGUGGCCACCACUAGCCCUGCAUUUGUCGGAGGCCCAACGACUGCUACACCGGUCUAUGUGACCUCGCCGUCAUCGACCCCGUCAUCAACCACUUCCAUGAGCCCAUCAACGAGUCAUGACCCAGCAUUUACGAUGCCGUAUCCCAGCCAACCAACGGGGGCGGCACACUGGACUAGUUCACCGGCCGCGAAAGUCCGCCGCGACGCCAGCAACACAGGUUCGUACGACUAUCCCAAGUUGGUUAAGAUGGUGGAAAAGCGAAAACCGCAAGGCAACGUGCCGCCUUAUUGCCAAAAAAUGCAGGUCCUCAACAAUUGGCAGAUCGUGCCGAUACCCAACGUCCCCACGAUCGCAAUUCAAGAGAGCGAGUACAGUGCUGCUGCUACUGCUACAGGCGGAAGCCGAAUGGCCAUGCGCCGGCGUGCGGACGAUACCGUUCAGCAACUGGGGUCGAACUGCGUCUGCGAAUGGUUUAGCGUUUAAAACGCGAAAAGAGAAGGGCAAUGCGGCAUGCCUUGCACCGGCCCUUUGGUUCUUAUGUGUCGACGAGCUUACGAUUGUGUGAUUUUUUUUUGUGUUCGGGCUUUCUUGGUCAUGGUGUCCAGGUGCUUGUGGAAAAGGCAUUGAGGGUUAUCCAAGGAUUUUGCUCCCGGAUGGUAGCAGGGUUUUGUUUUAAAUGGAUUUAUGUGAGCGCUGUCAGCUUGAAUCAAGAGCAGACGGCGAAGGAACGGGAAGCAAAGUAUUCUUGGACACAAUAUUGUGUAUCCUACGUGGAUUUCCCUCCCACAGGGGGGGGUUAUAGGGACUACAAAGGAGGCAGAUUAUAAUGAUAUGUGACUUUUAGAGAGGAUGUGGCUGCUUGCUGCUCGAUGAGAUGCGGCGUUGAUUUGUGUGAUAGAGACAAUCUACUCCCUCCCCGCAGACA